AGAACGUAAACAUCCCGAGAAGUUUCCUUCCGAAUUCAAAGGUCUUCGUAAAUAGUCUAAGACUCUAUAAAAGAAGAAAGAAGAAGAAGAAAGGUGUUCGUAGAGCUUUCGGUAGGAAAUGGAGAAGAGUGGGUGGACUGCGGCCGCGUUGAGGCGUCAGAUUCUGACAUCGAGUCCGGAGCUAAGAGCACUAGAGUCUCAGUUGCAAGCUUGUGCCCUCAAGCGGGAUAACUUUGCAGCCGUCGCAGUGAGGGAAGCAGAAAAGAAAGUUGCUCAGGAAAAUGACAAAAAAUAUGCCAAAAUGGUGGAAUGUUUGGACAGUGAGGAGAGACUCUCUUCUGCCAUUUCAAAGGCAGAAAGUUAUGCAAAAAGGCUGGAAAUAGAAAGGAUACUUGCAGAGCAAAUAGCAGAGAAAUCUGCCAGGAAAGCAGAAGCAGAAGCAGAGAAAGUGCUGGAAAUGAUGUCAGAAAUAGACGAGGACAAAAUGUUGAAGAAAGAGAGAGAGGAGAAACUUAAAAAGCAAAUGGAAAACCAAGAACACAUGAGACAGUUCCUCCUCAAGCAAACUCACUUGAAGUCCUUGCAUUCAGAGAGGGAAGAUAUGGAGGACAGAAACAGGGCAAGGACAGCAGAGGAGUAUAACAUACGAGCUGAACUGCUGAAGGAAGUGGAGAGACAGGAACAGGAGAUGAAACGCCUUCAGCAGAACCAAAGGGAGCUCGCCCUUGUGAAGGAUCUCGAGAAAGUGCAGCAAGAACAAGACAACAUACGAGAGCUGCGGCUUGAGCUGGAGGUGUUGGAAAAGCAAGCCCAAGAAGCAAAGUAUGCAGUGGAGAAGGAGACAAGGGAGAAGCAGGCCAGAAGGAGUCUGAAGGAAGGAUGGGAUGACCAGCUGAGGUACAAGCAAGAGGAGCUUGAGAGAGAACAGCAGAAUGAAGCAAAGUAUAGAGAGAUGCUACUUGAGGUCCUGGCAGAAGAGGCACGACUUGAUCAGCUGGUCUCAGAAGCUCGGAGGAGAAGGCAGCUUGACCACAGGAUGCUGGUAGAGAGGCUCCUUGAGGAGAGGCGAGCAAUGCGAGCAGCCAUCAUGAAGCAGCGACAAGAGGAAGACAAAUAUGCGAGAGACUAUGAAGAGCUUAGGAGAAAUAUACUGGAAGAGGAAGAGAAGCAGCUCCUGUUAAGACAUGCUCCUCAGUUGAUGCCACAUUUCACUCCUCAUUUGCUAUCGAAGUUGAGACAACUCUUAUGAACAUUUGCUUGCGCUUCUCAGGUAAUAGGUUAGGUCAUUUCCGUCCUCAGUAAACUAUAUAAGUUUGUGCAGCAGGUUUUUUUUUUCUUUUUUUUUACAACUGUUACUUUGCAUUCCAAAGAGAAAAUGUGAUAUUAGUAUUUUUAUUAUAGUUUCUUUACAGAAUUACAUUAAAAACAUUACACUCUGUGAGUUUGGGUUUGAAGCCUAACAGUUUCCAGGAAACUCUUGUUCUUACUGAAAGGUUUAAGCAUUCAACCCUUUUAUUUUCAGUCACUGUUGCCAAUAUCUUUGUUAAGGUGACUAAAAAAAUAAAGCAACAUUCUCAUAA